AUGGAUCCCAAUCAAAGUCUCGCUCAGGCUCUUAUUGAUGGGCAACCUGUCCAAGACUUCAGCCAAGAAGAAGUCGAAACAAUUCGCUCCGAUUUAGAGAAAGAGAAGGAAAAAACGAUAAAAGAAGGUAAUACAGAAAAAUUGAAAUUAAUACAGAAAAUUUUAGCAAAUAUCGAUGAUAUUUCAACUGCCACACAACAAAAGAAAAAGAAUCACCAACUACCUCCGAUUAAACAACCAACAAAUGAAGAAAAACAAGAAGAAUUAAGGAAAAAAGUCGAGCAAGCUGCCAAUGAGAACGACGUUUCAAUCAUACAAGGGGACGAAAUCUCUGAUGCAAUAAAUAUUUCAAAGCAAAUCAUCAAAGAAAAAUCCGAAAAGCGAGAAUUACUUGAAGCUCAAAAAUACCAGGAUCUAUACGAUAGUCUACUUUUAUACAGGAACAAAACACGUAAGGUGAACAAAGAAUCUGCAAAAUUGAAUGACCUCGAUUCUCAAAUUAAUAAUUUAGAAGAAACACUUCGAGAAGCUAAGGAUAAACGUGACAAAGCGAUUUCAGAAUUCGAUAACCAAACAAACACUAAACUUUCCGAAAUGCAACAACAAAAUGAAGACAAAUAUAAUAAUUACGAUCAAGAAACUCAAGAAAAAGUACCACAAUCUGUUACAAAACCAAGUCCGAUGCUUCUUGACUUGAGAGCACGUGCUAACCACUUAAUAAAUUCGCAUAGAUUCGCCGAAGCCCAUAAUUACGAUGUAGAAGCCCAAAAAUUAGAAGAGAAAGAGUUGGAAUCAGCUAAAAAGUCCUUCCUCCACGCAAGAUCUAAGCAAAAAUCAAAAAUAAUGUUAGAAGAUAACAAUAAAAUCAAUAUUUACCUUCAAAAGCGUCAAAAUGAGCGUGAGGAAAUGCUGAGGAACCAUAAUCACCAGAUAUAUGUCAUUGAAAAAACAAUCGGAAAUUUAGAUUCACAAAAAACGGAUAAACCAAAGCCAAAGAUUGCUCCCAUUCAAACCACGAAGUCUCGUCAACUAAUAACUCCCCAUUUGUUGAUGCCUCUUGGAAGAAGACCUCAAUCUGCUUAUUCUCUUUCCCGCCCAAGGAGUCAGAACUCCUUUGGAGCUACACAGUAA